UUUGAUAAAGAAAUGGAGGAAUCUGGGGCCAUCUAUGUAGAGUCCCUAGUUUUGCUACUUCUAGAGUGAUUGAUUAUAGACAAAUCAAACACUGUUUAACUUUGAUUGCAAACUGUUUAAAAAAAUUCUGUUAUUUUCUAUAUUUAUGAUUGAAGUGUUGGACUUAUGGAAGUUCAAUGGAAACUCCAUAGUCUGUUUCCUUCUUCAACCUCUACGUCUUUGAAAAGUUGCUUAAGUACAGAAAAUUAGGUGAAGCUUUUAAUUGACCUUAAGUGUCAUUUAUAUUUUUGCUCCCUGUGUGAGACUUCCCCAUUUUAGCUUCAAUCAAUGAGAGACUCCAUGUCUUCCUUUAGUGAGAGCAAAAGCACUUCUGCGGAAAGUGAUUCUGAUCAUGAGCUCCGAAGAGGGCCGUGGACUCUGGAAGAAGACUCUCUCCUCAUUCAUUGCAUAUCUCGCCACGGAGAAGGCCGCUGGAAUUUGUUAGCAAAACGUUCUGGCUUGAAGAGGACUGGAAAGAGUUGCAGAUUGAGAUGGCUAAAUUAUCUGAAACCAGACGUGAAGCGCGGAAAUCUUUCUCCUCAGGAACAGAUGUCCAUUCUUGAACUUCAUUCUAAGUGGGGUAAUAGGUGGUCAAAGAUUGCUCAACAUUUACCAGGGAGGACUGACAAUGAAAUCAAGAACUACUGGAGAACUCGUGUUCAGAAACAAGCGAGGCAUCUGAAGAUCGACGCCAACAGCGCAGCAUUUCAAGAUGUUAUUCGUUAUUUCUGGAUUCCCAGAUUGCUUCAGAAGAUCAAUGAAUCAUCAUCAUCAUCAUCUUCGUCAAGUUCAGCUUUGCAUAAUUCCCAAAAUUCAACGGUUAAUAUUCUCAAUCCUCAGUCUUUCGAUGACCAUGCUAAUUUUCAGCAAUAUUAUUCAACGUCAUCGUCUCCACUACCAGCAGCCCCACCGAAAGUUGCAGGCCAGGGAGCCGUUAAUUACGGAUUUAAUCAGCAAGAGUUGAACUCAGACUCCGAACACGGCCCAAAUUCGUCCAUAUCUUCAUCAGAAUCGAUGAAUAUCUCACAAAUAUCUCAGUUUUCAGACUACCAAACGAGUCCUUUUCAUUAUCAAUACAACACGUUUCAAAAAGAUUUCUAUUUGGAAACCAUGGCAAAUCAGGGAGAUUUCAUCAACCCACUUAGUGAUUGCCAAAUAGAAGCUGAUAAUAACAACUGGGCUGAAUAUGAUCUAGCAGCAGAUGGCAUGUGGACCAUGGAUGAACUGUGGCAAUUCAAGACUUCACAAGAAAAUUAAUGGUACCUGAAAAGUCUUUGUUUUCUUAUUUUUACUUUUUUGUAAUAAACAAAUAUAAAGGUUCAAAACUUUAAUUUUAGUCAGUCAAUAUUAAUAACAAGCAAUUGUUAAUGUUCUUCUUUAAAUUAAUUUUAAAUUAUAGUCUAAUUUGAGAAA